ACCUCUCUCUGUGCUAUAUAAGCAACCAUCGCUUCCCUCAUCCUCCUUCCCGCCACAAGCAACCAAGAAAUCAAGAAACCGUUUCAGACAACCCACUGCGCUGCCCGCCGCCGCCGUCUCCGGCCGAGGAUACCAACGACAACGAUGAAUCACCCGUCCUCCGCCGCGACCGCCACCGUACUCCUCCUCCUCGCCCUCCUCGGCGUCGCCGCUGGCGGCGGCGAGGACGGCCAGAAGCGCGCCGCCGGCGUGUACAUCGUCAUCGUGCAGCCCCCGGCCGACGGCGCCGACACCGUCGCCUACCACACGUGCAUCCUCGCCGCCGCGCUCGGCAGCGAGGAGAGGGCGAAGGAGGCGUUGCUGUACAGCUACCGGGCGGUCGCCAGCGGGUUCGCCGCCAAGCUCACGCCGCCGGAGCUCUCCGCCCUGCAGAAGCAUCCUGCAGUUCUUCAGGUGCGCCCUGAUCAGAUGUAUCAUGCUGUGGACAACCUCAACUGAAAGCUUCUUCCCUUUGUGAGAGAGAGAGAGAGAGAGAGAGAGAGAGAGAGAGGAUGAUACAAAGUAUAGUGCAAUACUGAAAUGUUCUUCAUGCUUCUCCGAUGUUGGUGAUUAUGCUAAUCGACAAUCUAAUUAGGCAGUAAAGAAGGCUAUAGGCUCUGUUGUGAAAGAGUUUCAUGUUAUUCUUUAUUGAUCUUCUCUACUAUACAUACAUCGAAAUAUAUACAGCCAAUGUAUUACUAAUUGAGGGAAUAACAAUUACUUACAAUGUUGUUGUAAUUCCUACUUUACAAUGUUGUUGUAAUUCCUACACAUCUAGUGAUAUACAAUCUGUAUGUUAGAACCUAUAAUGGAAUAUAAUCUUAUGAUGGAUUGGGUCUUA